UUUUUUUUUUUUUUUCAUUAGUCGCUGUGUGUUUUAAUUAUUAUUUAUUUGCGUAACAAAAGUAGCAAAAUCACGAGACGCCUGUUUAUCGAUUGUUACGCGUAAGAAAAAUGUUAUUGUAACAACAUGAGUACAUAAUAUACAUAAUACAUUGUGCACGAUGCUCGAGAGUCGCGCGAAAUCACGCACGCUUGUUUACUGUUUUUUUUUUUUUUUUUUUCUUUUUUCUCAAUUUCUGUUACCAUUUAAUUUCGUUCUUGUUGUUAAUGUUGUGUAGGGGAGAGUAUUCAGGUGCGUGACUUUGUAUUGUUUAUUAUUAUUAUUAUUAUUAUUGUUUUUUUAUUAAAUCUUUGGCUAUUUGGUGUCAAAUUGUACACCGUACUUGUCCCGUUUGUGUUUUUGUUAUGUUAUCAGUUUAUUUAUUAUUUUUUUUUUUUAACCUUCAACAAUACGUAUACGAUCGUUCGUUAGGUGUUUUUAGUACGAGAAUCCUUGUGCGAGCAACCGGGGCCAGAGAGUAUUUGGUCGUAGGAGAAAUUUCUUGGUAAAUUUUCACUCCUCCAACUUGCGCCCUGUUGCUUUUAUACGCGGCUUUUUCGAAGGCCCCGAUACAUAGGUACGAGAGUAUAUAUUUUGUUUACCGGUUUUUAUUCCGUGCAAUAAAUAAUGCAGUGGCUUUACUGCGAAACCGCCAAACGCCGAUGUGUUUUAUUUUUUCGAAACCUCUUGUGUGAACGGAAGGACAGGGAAAAAAUGGCAAAUACGGUAAGGUCAGCGCGAACGAUGAUGAAGCCUCUGACGGCAGCGGCUCUGCACGAAAUGCCAAAAUUCAAACAGCGAGUCAAAGCCCAGCUGCCAUCUCUACGGGCAAAGGACAUACGGAGAUACAAACUCCCGCACAGCCAAAUCGUGGUUUUGGAAUUGAGAGAAGAUGGCCACGUCGAGGCUGCCGAGUAUUUCGAGUUUCUAUUUCGACUCGACGAGAACAUCAAAACAGCAGCUGGGCCCGACACCGUCAUUUGGAACAACCCACGGUUGAAAGAUAACGAGGAACUGGUCGACCAGCUCCGCCAAGUUCUCGUCUCUGUCUUUGACGAAAAGUUACCCGCAGAGACGAGAACCACAUUGACGAUCAAAAUGUCCCUGCGCGUGGAGAACUCAAAGUGGGAGUGGUGGUGGAUCGCCGAUACCCUCUACCGCACUGCGCUUCAAAUAGCGAAGGAGAUCGACAGCAACGACAGAGAGAUCGUCAACAGCCUACGUUUUCUUUACGCGAGAUUUUUAUUUUCCAAACUGAAAAAGCCAGACCUUGCCCUGGAGCACGUAAAAAUGGCACAGAAAGAGUCGCGCGGUCAGCCGUGGAACGCCUCGAAAUUAUUGGACUGCAGGCAGGAGAGCUUGUUCACGGAGUCCUGCGUUCUCAUGCACAAAGUCCUCGUGAGCAUAGCCCGCGAGGAGCGCGAAAACGACGCCGAGGUAGCCGUGAAUUCUUGCAAGGUGGCCCUCGACUGUGCCUGCGAAUCUUGGCGCAAAGAACUCGUGGCCGAAGCGCACUACGAGCUUGCCGAGAGCGAAAGGGCGGCUGGAAACUUGAGCGGGGCUGUCGAGCACUUUUUCGCGAGUCUCGGUAUUUUGGAGGAAGUCGACGAUCCCGUGGGUAUUUGUCGAGUUCACUCGAAACUGGCAUCCACCUAUGAACGUAUUGGCGAUGGAGAAAAAGUUUUGGAGCAUUUUCGUAAACUCAAGGAUGUCGCGUCGGAGUGUGGUUUGCCGUACAAGUACGCGGAGGCUCAUUACUUCACGGGGGAGUAUCAUUUGCGUAGAAACGAUCCGGAGAAAGCAACGGCGAAUUUUCAAGUUGCGUUUGCGGUGUACAAUCGGCUUGGUGCGAAAAACGAUGCCAAUCGCGCUAGAUGCUUUUUGGGAAUAUCGAAAGGUCAGCAGAUAAUGGACAAAUAUAAGGCCUUGAUCGAGCAAAGCGUUGAGGGUGUCUCGGACGCUUUGUUGAAAAUUAUUCUCUGGAAGGAUCGUGGUGAACCCUUCGAUUAGAUCAUGUGGGUAAGGUAAAUUAUCUCACUAGAUCUAACCAACGCAAUUUUUUAUUCCAUUUUAUUUAUUAUAUAUUUUUCUCGCUUUACCAUUGUUUUUACGUGUAUUUUCAUGGUUUUGCUUUAGUUCAGAUCACUAACAAUAUUAUUUUCAAUAUAAAAAAAAAUUUUUCAGUAAAAGUUUGAAUCUUCAUUACGUAAUAAUUUUAUAAUCUGGCCGUUGUCAUAAUAUAUUUCAUCGUUUGUACUAGAUUUCAA